ACGUGCCGGGCGCGAGCCUCCGCCUCCGGGGCGGGUGCUUCCUGUGGCAGUCUCCGCCGCCGCCGCCCGGGGGCCGCGGGAAGCCUGGCGGUUCCGGGCUGUGGGAGGCCCGGUUUUGGUUCGGAUCCGCCGCGAGGUAUCUAGCCUGCCAAGAUGCCAGGGCCAAGACCUCGGAAGGGCCCUAAGACCAGAGGCCAGGGUGCCGAAACUGCAAAGCAGCUGGGUCUUUUCGUGGAGUUCAACACUGAGGACAUGCUCCUGGGGAUGGAUGAGCCUGAAGAUGAGGGCGACCUGGAGGCUGAGCUGUUGGCUCUCACUGGGGAAGCAGGGAGCACAAGCAGGAAGCCAGCACCCAAGGGCCGUGCCCCCCUGCCCAUGGCCCACAUUGAGAAGUUGGCAGCAGACUGUAUGCGAGAUGUGGAGGAGGAGGAGGAAGAGGAAGGGCUGGAGGAGGAUGCAGACCUGCUGACAGAGCUGCAGGAGGUCCUGGGCGUGGAUGAAGAAACUGGACUGCUCGAUGGCAGUGAGGCAGCAAGCCCAGACUUGUCUGAGGAGACGACACAGGAUGACACUGAACAACCUGGCGUGCAGGCAGCCUCCCAACAGGCUUUACCUGCAAUGCCUCAGGCUGGAGGGCCUCGGGGGCUGCAGGCUUUGCUGGAGGAACGGAUCCAUAACUACCGGGAGGCCGCAGCCAGUGCCAAGGAGGCUGGUGAAGCUGCCAAAGCCCGGCGCUGUGAGCGAGGCCUGAAGACUUUGGAGUCCCAGCUUGCCACUGUGAGGAAAGGCGGGAAGAUCAGUGAGGAUGAGAUUCCACCUCCAGUGGCCUUGGGCAAAAGGCCCCCACCCCACCAGGAGAUAGCCAAUAGGAACUCUGAGACAGACUCUUCAGCUUCUUGUGCCAUGGAGCCAGACAACCUUUUCCAACCUGAGACCAGCCUCCCAGGCAGCUCUGCCAUUGCCCCCCUGCCUGAUGCAGACCCAGACCCACAGGCCCUGUUGUUAGCCCGACAGAGAGAGUACAAAGUAGCUGCUCUCAAUGCCAAGCGGGCUGGAGAUCUGGAUCGUGCCCGGGAGCUCAUGAGGAUUGGGAAGAGAUUUGGUACUGUCCUGGAGGCCCUGGAGAAGGGGCAGCCUGUGGAUCUGAGUGGCAUGCCCCCAGCACCUGAGGAUCUGAAGACCCUCACACAGGCUUCUAAGGCCCCCAUAGCAACUGGAGCCCUGUCCCCAGCAGUGGAGCAAGUGCAGCCAGUGAUGGCCUCUGACCUCCCAGCCACCCCAGUGGCCCCUGCAGAGCCAAAAACAGUGCUGGAUGCUUUACAGCAGAGGUUGAACAGGUACCGGGAGGCAGGCAUCCAGGCCCGGGCCAGUGGGGAUGAGCGCAAGGCCAGGAUGCAUGAUCGAAUUGCCAAGCAAUAUCAGGAUGCUGUUCGAGCUCAUCAAGCAGGGCAGAAAGUUGACUUUGCUGAGUUACCUGUUCCUCCAGGAUUUCCUCCCAUCCCUGGCCUGGAGACCAGGAAAGGUAUCCAGGAUGAUUCAAUGGCAGCAACUUUAGCAACUGCCCAAAAACUGGCCUCAGAAGAUGCAGACCUGGUAGAUGAAGAUGAGGAGAGUGACACCCCAACACAGGCCCCAGUGGCCAAGAAACCAGCACAGCCUCUGGCUCCUUCAUCUCGUCUUCUGACAGAGCCCAAGGCCUCGGGUUCUAAGGAACCACUGAGUCCAUCUGCUCGGGAGCAGCUGGCGCUGCUGGAGGCUCGGAAACUACAAUACCAACGAGCAGCUCUGCAAGCCAAGCGCAGGCAGGAGCUGGAGCAGGCCAAAUCCCACUUACGAGUGGCUAAAAGUCUUGAGGCCCAGAUCAUCCAGGUCCGAGCAGGUCAACCCAUUGACCUCUCCAAGGUGCCUUCACCCUUGACGGAUGAAGAGGGCGACUUCAUCCUCAUUCACCAUGAGGAUCUGCGACUCUCCCAGAAGGCUGAGGAGGUGUAUGUCCAGCUACAGAAAAUACUCCUGGAGCAGCAUGAGAAGUGCCUGCUGUUCUCCAAGCAGUUCAUGCACCAGGGCAAUGUGGCUGAGACUACCCGGUUUGAGAAGCUUGCUCAGGACCGAAAGAAACAGCUUGAGAUCCUGCAGCUAGCCCAGGCCCAGGGCCUUGACCCUCCCAGCCACCACUUUGAAUUGAAGACAUUCCAGACUGUGAGGAUCUUCUCAGAACUCAACAGCACAGAAAUGCAUCUGAUCAUCGUCCGGGGAAUGAACCUCCCAGCCCCACCAGGAGUGACUCCCGAUGACUUGGAUGCUUUUGUGCGCUUUGAGUUUCACUACCCUAACUCGGACCAGGCUCAAAAAAGCAAAACAGCCGUGGUAAAGAAUACAAACUCUCCAGAAUUUGAACAAGUUUUCAAACUAAACAUCAACCGAAAUCACCGGGGCUUUAAGAGGGUGAUCCAGAGCAAAGGAAUCAAAUUUGAGAUCUUCCACAAAGGAUCCUUUUUUAGAAGUGACAAGCUGGUUGGCACAGCACACCUGAAAUUGGAAAGGCUGGAGAAUGAGUGUGAGAUCAGAGAGAUCAUGGAGGUUCUGGACGGAAGAAAGCCCACUGGGGGAAAGCUGGAGGUGAAGGUGAGGCUUCGGGAGCCUCUGAGCAGCCAGGAUGUGCAGAUGGUCACUGAGAACUGGCUGAUCCUGGAGCCUAGGGGCUUGUGAGGUGGUCAGCCCUGGGAGAUAAUCGGCCAGCACUGGUACCAGCUCACUGACCCAGCUUUGCCGGCUGCAAGAGCCUCUGUACGUGAGAGAUGCUGCUACCCAAGCGCCAAAGACCCGUGAACUAACCGCUGCCUGGGCUUUCCUCAUGCUGCCUCUCCUGGGCCUCCGUGGAAGCAGAUCUUAGGAGCUUAUCAUACAGCCUCCCACCCCCCAGAUGUGGGUGGAGAUAAGGAUACCCCCCUUGCUCUGUGCCAUAGAGUCCUAUUGCCCCUUAACCUCUGCAUAGUAAUGACGGACAGUUUACUCCAGCCCCCAGUUGCUCCAUUUCUGGAUGUGCCUUUCAAAGAUGUAACUGUAAGGGAUGGGAGACUUGAGGGUGAUCGGAAACCUUCCCUGUUUAGGGGAGGGGCAGAAUUCCAUGACUCCAGCUGGUCAGUGGCAGCCUGUCCUACCCAGCUGUUUCCCCUCUGCCUGUGCCUUUGGUCCUGACACCUGCUGCACUAGCCUUCCUGCUUCUCAGGGGACUCAGGAAGAGGAAAGUUACUUUGGUACAAUUGGUGGGAAGGGGAAGGUUUUCUUGGAUUUGGUCCAUGUACCUAAGAUGUUAACUGGGAAGAAAAGAAAAAGAAAAAAAAAAAAGAUCAGUUCUGUGUAGCCAUUUUUAUUUUAAAACUAGGUCUAAUUCCCUGUAAGGACUUUAUAUUCUAAACUGUUAAUUUACUAUCAAAGUCUUCAAACGCCCUGUUCCCGGUCACUUUAAAAGCCAAAGCAGCAGUAUCAUGUGUACACUGCACCUGUGCAUUCCUCUUGUGAGAAGGCCUGUCCUUGAGCUGAUCACUUGGCUAACCCCAAGUUCUAUAGCUUUUGUGGUGAAUGGAUGGAAAUGAAGGGACAGGUAGUUGCAGCAGAGUUAAUAUUCACAAAUACAUUAUUCUGGAUUCCUCAGAAAUCAGCACCUCAACUCUUCCCGUUUUAAAGCAUUAACCUCAACAAAGUAUUCCUCCAGAUUUACUUUAUAUUUUUAUUUAUUUAUUUUGGUUGUAUGAGGCAGGGUCUCACUCUGUAGUUCAGGCUGGUCUUGAACUCACAGCAAUCCUCCUGCUUCAGCCUCCCUAGUGCUGGGAUUACAGGCACGAGCCACCAUGCCCGGCUUCCUCAAGAUCAUUUGUGAAGGCUCUCCGUGAAAGGAGUACAUUCAGCUGCUGGUCACACAGUGUUGCAUAAGCACAGCUCCGGGAUGAGCUUUUGUGUGUCUGCUGGAGAGAACAGGGCUGGACCAUGCUUCCCUGCCCUUAAGAGCUUAUCAGAAUGAUUAGUGGGUAACAGGGGAGAAACUGCGGACAAGUGAUCUUCCCCAGAGCAGAUGUGAGCUCCCAAUCUUUCAUAUGUAAGAGAUUUAACAAUUACAGUCACAUUGUGUGUCCAGCAGUGAUUUGGAAUGAAAGGGUCUCUGCCUUCCUUCAUGAAGGAACCCAGAGCAGAGAGGGGUGGCCUGAAGAGUGUACUUCCUUUACAGUUUGCAUCUGACUCAGCGCUUGCUACAGUGAAGAACCCCUGGGGUUAUUCUCCAAGAUCCCCAUGGGCCCUUGGCAUUUCUCACUUCACCCCUCUGCUGGAGCUGUUCUAGUGUUCUGAGACUUCAAGGAUUUCUCUUUACCACUUGUUCACUUUCAGUCCGCUUUAUUGCUCUGCUUAGUGAAAAACAACCUCAAGGCUUGACACAGCCACCCACUGGACUUGGAGACUGAGGUUCUUAAAAGGUCUUUGUUGUAGCCAAGGAAUGCAUGAGUAGGGGGAGGGCCUGCAUAAAGCCUCAUUUAUGUAAGAUUUGUUCAAACACAGUCACCAAACAUUGUUCAUGGAUAACUGAGAACCAGCCACAACCCAAAUCAUUUCUAAAUAUCUCACUGCGUGUCCUUUGAGUUACUUAACUGAAUAAAAUACGGAAUUUGAGAGUCAGGAAAUUUUGCUCACGAAAGGCAAAGAUUUCUAGGAUUUUUUCCUUUGUGUAGCACCACUCUAAAACCUGUGUGGUGCUCGUCUAGUCCUUAAGGCUCCCCACCACCACCACCACCAAAUAUUUGUGGAAUUCUCUAAAAGAUCUGGGCACUAAAUGAGGUCAGCUGUUUUGAGUUUGAAACAAUGGCUGGGGCUGGUAGUCCCAGGAAGUGUGUACCUGCUCCAUUUCUAAUGUGUUAAGGAUCAGAUGAUUCUUCCCUUCUCUGGGCCUUAGGUGCCUGGCCCCUAAGAUGGGCAUCAGCAGUCCUGCUCUAUUCCUAGGUCCUAUGUAUAUGACUCUUAAAAAUCCCAUUACCAUUAUUUAGCUUUAGCAUUAGUAAAAUAGAAGCUACUGGGGCUGGGGAUUUAGCUCAGUGGUAGAGCGCUUGCCUAGCAAGCACAAGGCCCUGGGUUGGAUCCUCAGCUCAAAACAAAACAAAAAAAAAAACAACCCUGUCUCGAAAAUAGAAGCUACUGUUAGAAAUACACUAAAUGCAUAAUUAUCUUUCAGAUGAUCAGAGAAGUCUGGAGUUUGGAGCCCACCAGCAGGGCCUAGUGUAGAUGGAGAAGACAGGAGAUGGGACCUUAGUCCUAUCAUUCUGUCACCGGAGUGCAGGAGGUAUUGAGAGAGCUGAAAAAAUGGAGAGUACCAGGUAUAGUGGCAUAUUCCUGUGACCCCAGCACUUGGGAGGAGGAGGCAGGAACAUCGGGAAUUAAAUAUUAUCUCUGACUAGAUGUGAGUUUGAGGCCAGCCUGGGCUACAAGAGAGCCUGUCUCAAAAAAACAGUAAAUAUAUUAUACAAUAUAUGCUUACAAAUACACGUGGUAAGCAUACAACAAUUCUGCUCUUCUGUGUAGAAGCUCUGUAUUUAUCUUUUAGGUUUAAACCUAGAAAACCUUGCCUAGUUAGGAAUGUGAUGCUUCAGCAUUUCACAUUUAUAAUUUAUAAUAUAAAUUAUAGUACACAUUAUAUAAAGCCAAAGUUAAAAGGAGAAAAAAAGUAUCCUUGAUGGCUUAAGCCCAAUUUUCCAAGAUGAUUUUACUACACAUGAAGGAUAUUUUAUGAAUUAAGAACGGACCUGUAUUUAUGGCUCUAAAAUUUGUUCUUUGUGGGAUGGUUGGAAACCUUGUAUGUUCUAGCAGAUCCAAGUCCAACAACAGUAAGGUGCAGUUAGCUGGGCAGGGGGAUGAGGCAGCUGCUGUGGAAGCUCCCAUCUUUUGAGGUAUAUUCAGAUUAAUCUCAAUAUUAACACCUAAUAUGCCUCUCUUGUUAAGAGCUUUCUGUCAUUGAGGAUGGCUCAAAGGCUCUUUACUUACAAAUUAGUGCUGUUUGGGGCCAAAGGGCACCUCUGAGGCUUUUUAUCUAAAUCUUAUAGAAAGGUCGUGAUCCCAUUUCUGUAGCUUCUAUCAGCAAAACCUUGGAGAAUCCGGUGUAGAGUGUAAUCUUCACCCAGCAAAGAGAUGGUCACAGUCAGGCACAUUGGCCAGGCCAGGCCUUUGGGCCUUUAGAAAACAGCUACUUACCCAAACAGGUCUAUAGCCAAGGGCCAGGCUCAGCCUUAACCACAGGAGAGGGGUGGCAGCAGGCUUCCACUGUCCCAGAGGCCUGCAUUUGAACCCAGGGCAUGUGAGAACUCUGCUUUUGCUUAAUGGAACUAGAUCCUGUGUGGUCUGGGCUUUAGAAGAUGCCAUGGACACUAGCAUCAGUUGCCCUAGAGUAUAUUUCAAACUAAGAGAAAUGCAUUUGGCCUGUGAUCAAAAUAAAUUUAACAAAGAUAAAAUCAGAGUGUAUCACGUCUUGGGUGAACCAGACCUUGGUUUCCUGUACUAUUCCAGUUAAAGGGCUGCUUAGAGAUAAAGUGAUUCCAAGCCUGGCAGGUAAGUGCAAGAUUAGCCUGGGACAUCUUGUUAGGCUAGACAGGAAGGAUUAAAAAUAAAUGUGUC